ACCUGGCCGGGGCCUGGAGGGGGACUUUGUUUAGAGAAAGUGGACAGGAAAUGACCAUCCACUAGUUCAGACUGGAGCUUAUUUUCCUCAGCAGCUCUUUUCAUUCCUUGCAUCACUCAAAGGGAAAACAUGUAUACUGUGGGGCUCUUACGCACAAGGUGCCUUAAUCUUGGGAAGUAAUUACAAGAAAAACAUUCCUUCCUCUGUGGACUGUGGAGGCAGAAUGACUUCCAAGCAUGUCUUUGCUGAGGAUUGGGAGACAGCGCAGGCGGUGAGCCUGGAGCCUGGGAUCUGACGGGGAGGUCUGGAACCGAGCGCAGAGGCUCCUUGUCCGUCAGAGGCCUGAACAGCAGUCACGAUGAAUUGUCGUUCCUGGGGUCGAGCAGGUUAUCCCUAAGGGAUUGACAAGGGCAGUUCCUGCAACAGUAGCUAAUAAUCUGCUCUGGGCGUCGGCUCCACGUCACAGAUGCGUUAACGGGAAGAGCCCGCGCUGAGCUCCAAUCGCGUCUUGUCUGCCAGAGCGUUUGCGGAACCAAGGCCCGUGGCCUCCUAGAACCGGCAGGAGCAGAAAAUGGAGGAGCCCAGCCUGAGAAAAAGGAGAGAGGACGAGAAGUCGAUCCAGAGUAACGAACCCAAGACCACAAGUCUCCAGAAGGAGGUGGGCCUGCUCAGCGGCAUCUGCAUCAUCGUGGGCACCAUCAUCGGCUCUGGGAUCUUCAUUUCCCCCAAGUCUGUGCUCAGGAACACGGAAGCCGUGGGGCCCUGUCUCAUCAUAUGGGCGGCUUGUGGGAUUCUUGCAACACUGGGUGCCCUGUGCUUUGCAGAGCUUGGUACGAUGAUCACGAAGUCCGGGGGCGAGUACCCUUACCUGAUGGAGGCCUUUGGGCCCAUUCCCGCCUAUCUCUUCUCCUGGACCAGCCUGUUCGUCAUAAAGCCCUCGUCCUUUGCCAUCAUCUGUCUCAGCUUUUCUGAGUAUGUUGCUGCGCCCUUCUACUCGGGCUGCGAGCCUCCUCAGGUUGUGGUGAAAUUCCUGGCUGCCGCUGUCAUCCUGCUUAUCACCACGGUGAACUCGCUGAGCGUGCGGCUGGGCAGCUACGUCCAGAACGUGUUCACAGCGGCCAAGCUGGUGAUCGUGGCCAUCAUCAUCAUCAGUGGACUUGUCCUCCUGGCCCAAGGGAAUACAAGGAAUUUUGAAAAUUCUUUUGAGGGCACAAGACUGUCCGUGGGAGCCAUCAGUCUGGCAUUUUACAAUGGCCUCUGGGCAUAUGACGGAUGGAAUCAGCUCAAUUAUAUCACAGAAGAACUUAGAAACCCUUUCAGAAACCUGCCCCUGGCCAUCAUCAUCGGGAUCCCGCUGGUCACAGGGUGCUACAUCCUCAUGAACGUUUCCUACUUCACUGUGAUGACCGCGACCGAGCUCCUGCAGUCCCAGGCCGUGGCCGUGACGUUUGGUGACCGCGUUCUCUAUCCAGCCUCCUGGGUUGUCCCGCUCUUCGUGGCCUUUUCAACCAUCGGCGCUGCCAACGGGACCUGCUUCACGGCAGGCAGGCUCGUUUACGUUGCUGGCCGGGAAGGCCACAUGAUGAAAGUGCUCUCUUACAUUAGCGUCCGGCGCCUGACUCCAGCCCCUGCUAUCAUCUUUUAUGGGAUCAUAGCGACUAUUUACAUCAUUCCUGGUGACAUAAACUCAUUAGUCAAUUACUUCAGCUUUGCCGCAUGGCUGUUUUAUGGCCUGACGAUUCUGGCACUGAUUGUGAUGAGGUUCACGAGGAAAGAACUGGAAAGGCCUAUCAAGGUGCCCAUCAUCAUCCCUGUCUUUGUGACUCUCGUCUCUGUGUUUCUGGUCUUGGCCCCGAUCAUCAGCCAACCCGCGUGGGAGUAUCUCUACUGUGUGUUAUUCAUGCUGAGCGGCCUCAUAUUUUACUUCCUUUUUGUCUACUUUAAGUUUGGAUGGGCUCAGAAAAUCUCGAAGCCCGUCACCAUGCACCUUCAGAUGCUGAUGGAAGUUGUCCCAGCAGAGGAAGCUCCAGAGUAACACGCUCGGCCUCCCGGAAAGCGUCCAAGCUCUGAUGAGUUUAUUUUUGUAAGCAAUAUUUGUGGUUAUUUCCUCCGGAUGCUUUUCUUAAGAAAACACUGCACUCAGAUGUUUAUAAUGCUGUUAUUUUCAGAUGCCCUUAAUUCUCUGGGUGGGGGUUCGACUAGGAGCACUGACGGGUGUCUGCUAGUCAGCCGGCCCAGACAUGGCCCAGCAGCAGGCCGACGGCGAGGGAGGGGCUGGGUGAGAGUCACCACCGCGCCGGCCACUGCUCCACGAGGGGCUCACCACACCUCCUUCAAUAAAGGGCAUUCUUUAAA